CGCGAGUCUUUGUACGCCCAAACAGGCUGCUCUAGUCAGACUAACUGUCUGUUUAUUUCUUUUUGUCUGGGCGUCUAGAGAGUAGUCUCGAAACUUGCUAGAACGACUAAUAGAUACAGCUUGUGUGCAGAUGCAGCCCUAGGAGUGUGAGAAAAUGGAGCAAGUGGAACCGGAUCUCUACAAAAGACUUGGAAUUGCUGAGGAUGCUGAGUUUUCGUCUAUUAGGAAAGCUUAUCAUACUUCAACUCGUAAGUAUCAUCCUGACAAGCUGUCAUCUGACAUGUCCGAGUGCGACCGACAUGCUUCUGUGGCAGCGUUUCAAGCUGUCAAGGAAGCUUGGCAGACACUAGGAGACAAAGGACGACGGAAGCAAUACGAUCAGGAGAGAGCAGAUGCUGCUCUCACUAGUCACUGGCUCCUGUCUUCUACACUGGAUGUUGAAGAUGUCGAGUACUCUGAAGAUAACGAGUCAUACAGCUGGUCUUGUCAAUGCUCAGGUUUGUACACAGUGACGAAAGAUGAGAUCGAACAAGGUUGCAAUAUUAUUUGCUGCUCAAGUUGUAGUCUAAGCGUACAUAUUACGAACAGCGCAAGGCUAAGAAUGAGUAUGAUAGCAACCAGCUGUAAGUAACAACAAAUAUGGAAAUGUAGUCGGUCACUUUUUAGCAGUUUCUGCAAGAUCGCUAACGAGAGGUGUAAACAUAUAGACCCGACUCUUUGAUGAAGUUUGUGCGCGACAGACUGCGCAGGAGGUA